AUGGCUCAAAACGUCCAUCCUCUUCAAGCAAUCCAAUCUGCAAUUGGUAGCGCAGGUGGUGACCCUCGUCCCCUUCAGCGUGGCUCCCUCUUUAACAACGCCAAUGAUGGUCCUGCAGCAAUCAUCUCCAAAGUAUCAGGCGUACAGAGUGGAGGUAUGCGUGAAGACAAUGGUCCUUACUUUACCAACAAUGAAGGUAUCCCGUUUCCAGACCCUGCACACAGUAAGACGGUAGGGGGUUUGCCUUUGGCCAGUGAUGUUUUCUUGUUUCAAAAACAGCAACACUUCAAUCGAAGCAAGAAUCUUGAGAGAAUGGUCCAUCCUUGUGGUAGUGGGGCUUUUGGUUACUUUGAGACUACAGCAGAUGUCUCGGACUUGACAAAGGCAAACUUUCUGAGUGGUAAGGGCGUAAAGACACCAGUCUUCAUGCGCUUCUCCACUGUCACCCUUGGACGUGAGUUUCCUGACUUGGCACGUAAUCCACGUGGUUUUGCAAUCAAAUUCUAUACCGGAGAGGGAAACUAUGAUAUCGUUGGACUCAACUUCCCCGUCUUUUUCUGUCGAGAUCCCAUACAAGGACCAGAUGUCAUUCGAUCUCAAAGUCGCAAUCCCAAGAAUUUCUUACUUGAUUAUAACUCUCUUUUUGAUCUUUUGGCUUUGACUCCGGAGGCAAAUCAUGCCGGCAUGAUGUUCUUCAGUGAUCAUGGAACUCCACAAGGAUGGCGUUUUAAUCAUGGAUAUGGCUGCCAUACAUUCAAGUGGGUGAACAAGGAAGGGAAAUUUGUUUACAUCAAGUAUCAUUUCAUUGCCAAACAUGGACAGAAGCAAUUCACGGCAGAAGAAGCCAUCAAACUUAGUGGGGUCGAUCCUGAUUACUCCAAACGUGAUCUUUGGGACUUUUUAGAAAAGGGAGAAGAAGUAGAAUGGACAGCAAAUGUACAAAUUAUGCAACCAGAGGAGGCCGACGCAAAUAUUCUUGGUUUCGAUCCAUUUGAUGUCACCAAAGUAUGGCCAAGAGACAAAUUCCCGAUGCACGAGUUCGGAAAGCUAGUCUUGAACAAGAAUCCAGAAAACUUUCACCGUGAUGUUGAACAAGCCGCAUUCUCACCUGGAAGCAUGGUACCCGGCAUUGAAGAUAGUCCUGAUCCACUCUUGCAGUUCCGCAUGUUUUUCUAUCGCGACGCACAGUAUCAUCGCAUCGGAGUGAAUCUUCAUCAAGUUCCCGUUAACUGUCCGUUCAUGGCAAGUUCAUACAGUUCACUCAAUUUUGACGGGCCGCUGCGUGUCGAUGCAAACCAUGCAGGAAAUCCUCAAUACGUACCCAAUUCCUUUAAGCACAAAUUCCGUCCCGAUGUGGCCGAGGCUCCUUAUGCUGUAGCCGACAAUGUUGUAUCUCGCAAGAGUCAUUACCACCACGAGGGUAAGCUUUCGGAUUAUGAUCAAGCGAGAGAACUAUACACUCGAGUAAUGACAGAGACGCAAAGAGAUCACUUGCAUCAGAAUACAGCAAAUUUGUUGCGCUUUGUCGACUCAAAAGUUAUCAAAGUAGGCUAUCUUGCCCAGCUUUGGAAUAUCGAUCCACAAUACUCUAGAGCUAUAUAUGAUUUGCUCCCAGAGACAUCAAGGACAGGCGCAGAGGGCUUUGAGUUUGUAGAGGUACAGAAUAAGGCGAAGGGAUCCGAGCUUGCUGGGAAAGAGGAAAAAUUCAGGCCUAGUGAUGCUUCUGAAAGACUUGUGGGGUUUAGUCCUGGAGAUAUUUAUAAUGUCUGA